AUGACGAGCGGCGACGCGCGACUAUGCCGAGGCAGGCCGCAGGCGAGGCCCCAGACACAGAUGCACCGGCACCCACGCGGCAUCACGGUGAUGCGGCACCGGCAGGUCGUCGCGUCUACGGUGUGGAAGACCGUGGACGAGCUGCGUCCGUGGAUGACGCCGCUGCCGAGGCUGCGCGACGGCGGACCUCCCGCAUUCCGCACCACCACGGAAGCAGCGCGGCGCGGCUCCACACCGGGGGGUAGGGGAAGGCUGGGCAACUGGAUUUUCACUGUGGAAGCUGUUACCUCUGAGAUGUUUGAAGCAGCAUCGGGUAAAGGGUGUAAUAAGGUCCGGAAUCUUGGCGUUCUGCAAAAUGAACUAAUGAAAGAGUUGAAGGGCAAAAAGUUCUUGUUGGUACUGGACGAUUUUUGGAAAACGGAUGUCACAAUGCUAGAUACGCUACUUGCUCCCUUGACAGCUGGGGAUAGUGGAAGUAAAAUACUGGUGACCACUCGUUUUGAAGAUGUUGCAAAAGCACUGCUUGGUGCCCAGAACCUAUUUCCAAUUCCUGAAAUUGAAGAGGACCAGUUCAUCAAAAUGUUCAUGCAUUAUGCACUUGAUGGUGCCAAAAAUAGUGGCCAAGAAUUUAGAGAACACGAAAUUGUGGGGAUAGAAAUUGCUCAAAAGCUAAGAGGAUCACCUAUGGCAGCAAGGCUGGUUGCAGAACAGCUGAGGGGAAAUCUCAAUAUUGAUCAUUGGACAAUGACCCUGGACAGUGACUUGUUAAAAGAUACCAUGGGACCUAUAUGGUGGAGCUACCAACAACUUGAGGAGCAUGUCAGGCAAUGUUUCAGAUAUUGUAUAAUGUUUCCCAGAAGAUAUCAGUUGGAGCGAGAAGAGCUUGUUGACCUGUGGAUGGCAGAAGGGUUUUUGGAGGCCGCUAGUGGAGCAAAAAAUAUGGAAAAUAUUGGUCAUGCCUGCUUUGAUGAUUUAUUGUCACGCUCAUUUAUUCAACCAAAAGAACACAGCAAUGACAUGAGAUACUUCACAAUUCAUGAUCUGUUCCAUGACUUUUUGGAAGAUUGGAGGCCAGAUAUUAAUGUGAGUAGACAUGUUGGAAGUGACUAUUAUAGAAUAGAGGAAGGAAUUGUGAGUGAAAUUCCUGAACCUGAUCAAGUUCGACAUCUCUUUAUUGAGUCCUACAAUGAAAUUGUGUUCCAAGAGCAGAUUUUGAAGCUGAAGAACUUGCGAACUAUAUUUAUGUCUGCUACCACAGAGACAAUGUCUAAAAAAGAUUUGGAACUUCUAUUCAAGAGUUUAAGGAAGCUACGGGUGAUUCAUGUGUAUUAUAAAGAUUAUAAAGACAGAAAAGAGAUCCCAAAAAUUGGUGAUCUGAAACAUCUGCGCUAUCUUAGUCUUUGGCCCGAUGAUGAUGAUUUUUAUGAAUGGACUCUGCGGCCAUACGAAUUUACCAAGCUUUACCAUUUGCAGAAGUUUUAUUGCUCAGCUCCUUGGGUUCUUCAUCCGUCCUCCCAUGAGGAAAUGUGCAGCCUUGUCAAUUUGCGGUACAUGUCUGAACUCGAUAAGUUCGAGAUACCUAAUAUUGGGAGGUUGACUUUGCUCCGAACUCUGGGUGCCUUCACAGUGAGGAAAGCAAGUGGCUAUGAGAUACAACAGCUGGAGCGCCUGGACAACCUUCGUGGCACCCUGGAAAUCAAGGGACUUGAAAAUGUUAGAAGCAGGGAGGAAGCUCGACAGGCCAAGCUAGCUAAAAAGAGUCAGAAAACGCAGCACUUGCUGCACCAGAAUACAGAGACAAUGAUGACUGAAAAUGAUUUGGGACUUCUGUUCAAGAGUUUAAGGAAGCUGCGGGUGGUUCAUGUGUAUUAUAAAAAAUAUAAAGACAGCAAAGUGAUCCCAAACUUUGGUGAUCAUCUGAAGCAUCUGCGCUAUCUUAGUCUUUAUCCCUGUGAUGAUGACGAUGAUGAUUAUGAUUAUGAUCUGACUCUGUCAGGGGAUUUUACCAAGCUUUACCAUUUGCAGAUGUUUUAUUGCUCACGUACUUGUGUUCUUCAUCCAUCCUCCAGUGAGGAAAUGUGCAACCUUGUCAAUUUGCGUUGCAUGACCUUCCAUGAUGAAGAAAUGUGCAACCUUGUCAACAUACCUAAUAUUGGGAGGUUGACUUUGCUCCGAACUCUGGGUGGUGCCUUCACAGUGAGGAAAGCUAGUGGUUAUGAGAUACAACAGUUGGAGCAGCUGGACAAACUUUGUGGAACCCUGAAAAUCAAGGGACUUGAAAAUGUUAGAAGCAAGGAGGAAGCUCGACAGGCCAAGCUAGCUAAAAAGUUACAUCUCAGAGAACUGAUACUGCAAUGGCAAACUGAUAACCAGAGCUCCGAGGAGAACAAGGAUGUCCAAAAGUCAAAGAAACACCGGAUCAGCUGUUUGGGAGCUGGGCCUUCAACAUCCACCAACCAGAUUCCAGAUCCACAGGAGAAAGUCCUGGAGGAACUCUGCCCACCAUACCUAACAUCAAUGCUGAAAAUCAAAGGAUACGGUGGAUCGUCGUAUCCAAGUUGGCUGUCGGAAGAUGAAGGUCCCUACGAGGAGUUGACCGAUGUCCCGAACGACCAGAAGACCCAGGAGGACUUUCCCAACACCCAAGAGAUCCAGAAGGAUGUCCCAGACGAUCAAAAGUCCCCGGAAGCUCAUGAAGAUUACGAGGAGUGUUAG